AUGCCUUCGAGAAUCUACCAAUCGCCUUUUCCUGAUCUACAGAUUGAAUCUGUAGAUCUGCUCUCGUAUUUGUUUUCGAAUCCCCUGAACACUCCGUUGGACAAGCCCCUAUACAUUGACGCUCUCUCUGGAAAGCAAUACACGUAUGGCGAUGUCAUCAAACGGAUAAAAUCCCUAGCAAAUGGACUGAAGCAGACAUUUGGCCUCCAACCCGAAGAUGUCGUGGCUUUAUUCAGCCCCAAUUCCAUCGAGUAUCCAAUCGCAUGCCAUUCGAUUGUCGGUGCAGGUGCUGUUGUGGCACCCACCAGUGCAGCCUUGACAGCCUUGGAACUCAACGCUCAGCUCAAGACCAGCAAGGCCCGAUUCAUUAUUGUUCAUUCUUCUUUGUUUGAUACGGCGCAGAGAGCCGCAAAGGGUACUUCGAUUGAGAAGAUCAUUCUCCUGGAUGGCUCGUCCCCGGUUAAUGGCCAGCCUACAUGCGAGUAUAUCGCUAGUACAUUUACCCCUGCUCCUUUGAAGGCAAUCUCGUCUUCCGAGGCCUCGGAGAAGAUCGUCUUUAUCUGCUUUUCCUCUGGUACAUCUGGCCCCUCUAAGGGUGUUGUUACAACUCACCAGAACCUCACAUCCAAUCUACAACAAUGGCGUGCCCACAUGCUCGACACGGGCUCUCCCUCGCAACGGGUCAAGCGUAACACUGCCAUCGCUUUCCUGCCAUUCAGUCACAUCUAUGGUCUAAACUUAUAUAUGUGUCAAUGCUUGACCUGGGGAACUUCGGUGAUAGUAAUUCCCAAGUUCGACUUGGACACAUACCUUGGCUGUGUUCAGAAGUACCGACCCGACGAACUUGCCUUGGUACCGCCGAUUGCACUCAUGAUCGUCAAGGACGAGCGCGUUGCCAAGUAUGACCUGAGCAGCGUGAAACGGAUCAUGUCUGCUGCUGCCCCUCUCACAAAUGAGCUAUCAUCUGCUCUCGAGGCGAAAUUCAAGUCAGGUUGGGGAACUGAGGUCUUUUGCACCCAGUCUUGGGGUCUAACUGAGACCUCACCCAUGGCUACUGCUAUUCCAAAUGACCGCAUGGAUAAGCGUCAAACUGGCGUGGGUUGUAUCACCAACAACAUGGAGUUCCGCUUCGUGGACCCGGAUACCCUGGAAGAUGCUGCCGUGAACCCAGAUGGAACUACGCAGCCUGCGGAGAUCUGGUGUCGCGGGCCUAAUGUGACUCGCGGGUAUUAUAACAACGACGAGGCUACCAAGGGUGCCUUCCAUAUCGACUCGGAUGGAAAGAAGUGGUUCCGCACCGGAGAUAUCGCCACAAUUGACAGAGAGGGCUAUGUCACCAUUCAAGACCGCAUCAAGGAGAUGAUCAAGUAUAAGGGUCUGCAGGUCAUUCCGAGCGAGCUUGAAGGCAAGUUGAUCGACCACCCUGACAUUGAGGACGCCGGCGUUGUCGGCGUAUGGGUAGACGAGAGAGCCACUGAACUCCCUCUGGCAUUUAUUGUUCUCAGUCGUCAGGCCAAGGAUAGGGAUCUCAAGACGGUCAUCGAUGGGGUCCACUCGUGGUUAAAUCCGAAGAUUGCGAACCACAAGCGCCUUCGCGGCGGUAUCCAUGUGCUGGAUCAGAUACCGAAGAGUCCCAGUGGUAAGAUCCUGCGAAGACAGCUUAAGGAACUUCUGAAGAGUAGGAAACCGAAGGCGCAGUUGUAA